AUGGGGGAGUCACCCGACACCAUGGACGACUAUAUGAGAAUGUCCGAAAGAACCGCAAGAGAGAGUUUGUAUACAUUGUCAAGGGGUGUUAUUGAAACAUUUGGAGAAGUGUAUUUGCGGAAACCUUCGUUGCAUGAUUUGCAAGAAUUAGUUGCGGAUUCCAACAACGACGUCAACGUUCUUGAUCAGUCGCCAAUAUUCGAAGAUCUUUUGAAUGGAAAGGCCCCGGAUGCUCCUUUCACGUUGAAUGGAAACGAAUACAAAUAUAGGUAUUACCUUACAGAUGGAAUAUAUCCUCAGUAUUCCACAUUCGUGAAGGCAUUCCGCCACCCGGUUGAAGAACGAGACAAUUUUUUUAAAAGACGACAAGAAGGAGCACGUAAGGAUGUGGAACGUGCUUUUGGAGUGCUGAAGGCGAAGUGGCAUAUAGUCGAACAUGAAGCACGACCAUUGGAUUUAGAAGUUCUACGAUAUAUCAUGUAUGCAUGUAUCAUAAUGCAUAACAUGGUAGUAGAAGAUAAAGGGCGAAAUAUUGCACACUAUAUCUCAACGGAGCCCAGACACGUUCAGUUUCAACCAGGAACAGCAGAAUAUUUGCAUCGCGUUGUUGACAUUCAGGACGCAAAUAAACACAGACAACUUCGAGAAGACUUGGCGGAUUAUAUUUUCUAUGGUAACAAUAACGAUAACGAAUAG